AUCCCAGUUUGGUGCAACCUAUGUCCCGUACAGUGCGUCUGAUGUCUCUUACAGCGCUUCUGACGCGCCAAAUCAGGAUAACAGUUGCCUGCAACCCAUAGUACAACAUUUCUACCAUAGAUUGCGCACCUGAUGCACCAAAAAAUUUUCCGUGUACACAUUUCGCAAAUAAUAAUAAAUAUUAAUUUCUUUUCAAACUAAUAUUUUUUAUUGUACUUUCAUGAUGUAAAUAUGUUUUAAAUAAAUUUUUUUUAAAACUGUUUUCGCUCCAAGCAUCAUGAAUAUGUGAUAAUAUUUAGUCACUUAGAAUGACUAUUCAAUAAUACAAUUUAUCAUAUGCACACAAACGCCUAGUGACUAAAUUUAUAGUUUUCUAAACUAAAAGAGAUAUUAGAAAAAAUAUUUUCUAAUAAUCGAAAAGAAUAUGUGUACAUAAACAUACUAAAUAUUUUGUUCGAAUAUUCUGCAUUGGCAACAAAUUACCUACAUUUUGAUUUUUAGAAACUAAAGCACUUUGCAUCAGAAAAAACCAGAUUGUUAAAAUUACUUUUAAAAAAUCGAGUGGCUACUUCCAAGGGAUCAAGGGAAAAAACUGAUGGAUAAUGGAUACCUUAACAUUCAGCAAUCCUCUUGCAACUGUACAGCUUAUACCAAUCGUCAAUUACAUAAACAUACUUAGUAAUUUUUUAUAUAUUAAAAAGUAUUUAAAAUUAGAGGAACAACGAAAUAAAAUUGUAAUUGUUAAUGAACUUUAUAAAUAUUUUGAUGAUCAUCGUGAUGACCAAUCUAUAAUAGAAAACUUAAUUCGAAAUUUGUUACAAGGCAGCGAUCUGUACGGUGAACGAGAUAAGGAAAAUUUUGAUCUAGUUUUUGUUAACACCAUGUUUGACUAUAUCAUUAGUUCUAUCGUAUUUGAAAAAUAUGGAAAUAUUUAUGGCUUUUUGGCAGACACUGUUCGUAAGGCAGAACAGUUACAAUAUUAUUACGUUUUAGAAACAAUAAAGGAAACACUAAAGAAUGCAACAUUUGAAAAUGAAUAUGGUCCUAGUUCAAAGCUUUCUCAACUGUCUUGCAGAAGGAUAUUCAACGACCUGAUAUUGCCACUAUUUCCUAAGCCCGUUACAAAAAAUUUAAAUUUAUUGUCUUUUGAUUAUAUUUUUACACAAGCUGGUGCGACAUAUCUUCGACCUGGGCUUUUAAAUAACACCUACUAUCCUAAUUACAAAAAUUUGAUCUAUAACAACAUUGAUAAUGAAAUCUUUAACGAAUACAUGGUAACAGGGUAUAUAAUAGAAAAUUUACUUUACCAAAAUAAAAUUGAUCCUUUAGCAUGGAAAAUUUUCGCUCUUCCAACUCUUUUUUAUUAUAUUUCUAAUGAAGAUAAAGUAAAACAUGAAAACAUAACAAAUAUAAUUUUUAAUCCACUGCAUUGGGAAGGAGCUUAUCAUAAUUUUCGAGAAUACUUAUUCAAUACUUCGGUCAAAAUUGAAAAUCAAAUAACGAAUGACUCUACAUAUAAAAUGCACCAAGAACUUACAGAAUUUGGAAGUCGUGCUUCGAUGGCUAGAUAUUUUAUACGAACAACUUGUCACAAUAUGGAUGAGUUAACGAAAGAAGUAUUUUUUUCUUAUUAUAUCAACAGUACAAUACCACUUCAGUGCGGUUAUGGAGAUCGUCUGUUGCCCAUAGAUGAUUACUUCCAGCACCAACUUUUUAAUUUUCAUAAAGUAUAUGAAGAAUAUGAGUUAGGCAUAACGCAGCAAUCUUUUAACGAAUCGAUAUUAGGGAAUCUUCGUGAUGUUGAAAUAAAAUUGGUAAUUACUAAUGAUAAAGUGGUAGAUGGUGAUUUUAAUACUUCGCAGCAUUUACCUUAUGACUUACUUCAAUUCUCUUACCCUAACAAAGUGGUUCCAUGGUACUACGCUUUAAUACGAGAAAACAAUACUGCUAAACUCAUUAGAGAAGUUGAUGAUCCAAUACGCUUUCGACAAAUAAUUGGUCCAUCAUUAGAUAACUUUAAAGAUUCUGCAAACCGUACUAUUCUAAAAUUUGCGAAUCAAAGCACAAACAAACUUCUUGAAGAAUUAAUGAAGUAUAAAAAGGAUCGCUUUAUAUCAUACUUAAAUUAUUCUAACAAUACUCCUGAAAAAAGUAAAUGGUGGAAAGAAUUUGGAUUGUCCUUCGUACCAUUUUACCCUUGUGUAUCAAACAGUAGCAACUAUAAUGAUGUCGAAAAUCAUGUGUGUGAGCAAGAUGAUGCAAAAUUUCUUCAAAAAUUCCCAGAACAUAUAUUAUUACAUUUAAUACAUGAAAGUACACAAAAUCUUCUAUCAUCAUUGGGUACCACUAUCAAACAAGUAUUUAUCAAGAAAAUUGUAAAUACAACUGUAACAAAUUAUUUUCCAGAGAAUACUAGCGAAACAAUAUUUUCAUCAAAAUUCGAUACACCAAUGAAUGUAGUUUACAAUACAUUAUCAUUACACAUAGAAGAACCUAAAUUUGAGACCUUGUGCAUUACUCAAAAGGAAAUACAAUUUGUGGAGACAAUAAUAAAUUACUUAGAAAAGAAGAUUAAUCAAUCAUUUACAUUUGUCAACAAUAUGCUAAAAAAAUUUCAACUUCCAAAAAGUAUGUUUACUAUAAAAGUUGGUAAUUUAUAUGAUCAAUCAAAUCAACCUUAUUUGCUCGUAAACAGUUGGGAUAAUGUUACUGGUUAUGGUUACAAAUUUGUACAUAGUAUUAACUAUACAAACAAUAAAAGUAUAAUAGCGCAAUUGAGAACUUAUUAUGCAAUAAAAGAAAAAAUAUUUAUUACACCUGUACAGAAUUCAUCAAAUAAUCUAAAAACAUAUAUUUACACAAUGAAUGAAAGUCUUGUAAAUACAAAUCAAAUUAUAGAUGUAAUAUUUUCUUCUCCUCUUCAAAAUGUAUCAAAACAACGAAAAAUAUUUGUUAAAUCCAAAAAUGAUAAACUUAUAGAAAUAAAUAAAAGAAAAAUUUUCAUAUAUGAAAUUAAUAAUCAUCUUACAAUUGAAUUUACUAACAUAUCCUUUUACGGUAUUUCGAGUCAUGAUCAUAAUGAUGAUUAUUGUAAUAUAGAUGAAUAUGUACAAGAAAAGAAAAAUACGAUGUUCUGUUCAAGACAUCGUCGUUUUAUUGAAAAGACUAACUAUUUUUCGAAAAUAAUAAGGGAUUUAUUAAAAAAUAAAAAUGAUACCUCAGUUGAAAAACGAAUGCGAAAUAUAUUAAGAAAAUAUUACUUUCCAGAUAACUUAACAGAAACAAUAUUCUUUAAACAUUGGUUAGAAGACGACAGGUUCCAAAAUCCUUUUUGGGCUAGAUACGUUCUAAUUGACCAGUCUGGUUUAUUAAAUGAAUUAUUGUACGACCCAAGUUUGGAUAACAGAUUUAUAUCAAUUGAAGAAGGUAAAAAAAGAAUAAAUUCAAAUUACACGUAUAGAGAACGAUGUAAAAUUGAAGAAGGAACGUCAGUGGAAAAUAUAAUAAAUAAUUUUAAUAAUCAGAAGGCAGCUUAUUUAGUUAAACUUGAAGAUUAUUAUGCCAUACGUAAUUUUGCCACAACUGGUCAUGAGAGAAUAACUGGCGAUACAAAUGAAGCAAAACUAAUGAAACUCGCUCUAUAUAAAUUGGCAAUAAGACAAUCUGACGACAGUAACGACGAAUUUGAGUCAAAAUUAUAUUGUUUUGAAUCUGUAACUAACGAAUUUUUUGACAGACAUAUAGCAGUGGGAAAUAUAAUUGCUUUAUCAAAAUUUACUUUAACAUCGACGAAUAAUAUAACUGCCAUGACAUUUUCUGCAUUUCCAGCAACUGGAUUCCAAAACAUUUUAUAUGAAAUAAUAUUUAAUGCUCCUUACGCAAGAGCGAAAAUCAAAGUUGAUGUCAAUCAAUCGGUUAGGGAAAAGAAAGUAAUUCUUUUACCUGGUUUUGAAUAUCGUAUUCAGCAUAUAGUUGUAAUUCCCAAUACAAUAAUAUCUAACUAUUUUAAAGUGGUGUUAAAUUGCACAUACAAAAGUACUCAAAAAGAUGAAUGGUAUAAAAGUAUCAUGCAACAAAUAAACAAAAUCAAUUCUUAAAAUUGUAUUUGUAAUCAAUAUUGUUUAAACAUUUAAUUAUGUCUUGUAUGAAGAGUAAUAACCUAGCAAAACUCUAUAUUAGAUUUGAUACAAAUUGUUUGAAAAUGUGUUCUGUAACUGUUUAUGCCUAUAAAAAAGUAGUUUAAAGAAUUAAGAAUGUAAUUUAUAGAUAAGGAUUUGUAUUUUUUUGAAUUUAACUACAUAUUUAGGUAAAAGAAACUAAAAAAUGAUUAAUUCCAUACAAAAUAGUUAAAGUACCUAUUAGACCAGAUGCUUAGUAAAAAAGUCAAAUACAGAUAAAUUGUGACUAUUGUGUUCUAGAAAUGUUAUAUAACAUUGUUACCAAAAAUGUGUAACGAAUAUUAGUAUAUAUACCUAUGUUUGAAUUAUUAUAUUCCCGCAAAGAUGAGCUUUGAAUAUUUUCUCCCCAAGUUGUAGUCCAGUCAAGUUAGCAUUUUUAAUUGUUUUAACUCAGGACAUCAAUUUUAUUUCCUUAAACCCUUUAUUUUGGGUUAAAAAUAAAGUACCUAAAUUUGGUAUUUCGAACUCCUACCGAAACCUAAAUUUAAAAAAAAAAUUAGGUGCAGAUCAAAUUUCUCAGAAGGUUACACACUUUCUUUUUUAUGAUAACUAUUUUUAUGCUAAAAUGUCUUGGAAAGUGUCAAUUUGCAAAAAACUUAUUUCUGCACCCAUUUCUUAAAAAAAUUUUAGGUUCCGGUAGGAGUUCAAAGUUCCAAAUUUAGGUACUUUAUUUUUACUCCAAAAUGAGCCUUGUUUUUUUUUUUUUUUUUGACUAAUUUGACUAGAUUAUUAUGAUUGAUACCGUUUACUGAUAAGUUAUUGAAUGAUUUACUUGAUAAUUUUUAAAUAUAUUAAUAAUUUAAUUUUAUGCCAUUGAAUUUAAAUCGAGAAAAAUAAGUAUUAAAAGUAAAUUUUUGAUUGAAUAAAAAGAUAUAAUUUAAUGUGUACUGAAAGUAAAAUUAUGAAAAAGAAUUUUUUGCAUUAUAUCCAAAUAGAAAGUCAACAUUAACAUUAUUCAAAUACACAUUACUUUUUUUUAUAAAUAGUUAAUCUUAUAUUUUGUUGAAAAAUUACUGUUUUGUAAUUUGGAAGUUUAAAUGAAUAAAUUGUGUUCAAAAUGUUUACUCAUA